GAAAAAAUAUAACAAACAAUAAAACGUGAGAUUCGUACAUUCGUACCAUUAUUAAAUGACCAGCUUUAAUGAUAAUAUUGCAUUUUAAUAAUUAUAGAAAAUAUAAAAAUCAUUAUAAAUAUGAUUGAUCCAAAUAGUAUGGAUAGUGACAAUGAUCCAGUUGAAUCUGAGUUCCCAGUAUUAUUGUCAACAACACUUGCCGAUAAAUUAUUUAUAUUUCAAUAUCCCAUAAGGCCUGCAAGUAAAGGUUAUGAUAAAACCACGUUUUUAAAAACAUCAAUUAAACCAGAAAAUCAAGAAUUUCGUAUUGAGGUUGCGAUAGAUUAUAAUAGCGCUAAUUACGAUGUAAAGAAAGGUGAAGAUAUUGCUAGAAAUGCCAAUGGACCAACCGAUAAAUUUGAAAGUGAUCAGGAGCGAGUAUUUAAUAGUCAUUUAAUGGAUAAAACUGUACUUCAAUCGUCAAGAGCAGUUCCAGAUUGUUCUAAUUAUUCAAUCGGUAGCUUUCAUGGAAAUGAGUUACAUAUUACACCUUUAAAAAGUAUUGUCCAGUUAAGACCACAGUUUAAUUAUCUUGAAGAGAAUGAUAAAAAUAAGAAAGAUGAAGAAACAAAAAAACAAGGAAAUGAUUCUGAUGAAGAGGAAGGCAGGUCAAUUAAUGUUUCAUUUUCAAGAAAUAAAUCCGAAGCAACUAAAAAAUUGCAGGAACAAUCAUUUCAUCAUCAUACAGUUAAAAGCUCUGAAGAACAAUGGAUUGAUACUCAAUAUAUAAAUUCGUCAAGUACUCAAGCCCAGCUGACACGAUUGGAAAUGUUUUGUUCAAUGAACGAAAUAUCAAAAAACAAUUUAAAACUUUCCUGUAAAGAAUAUCUUAACUUAUUGGCCAAUCCUGUAAAACCCGAUGAAUAUUCAAACCCUAAUGCAUUAACUAAUGAAAGGUCCUCCAAUUAUAUUUACACGCGUCCACUUUUAGAUCAAGUUCGUAUAAUUGUAAAAGAUGCAAGAGUUAUUUCAUUCAAACAGUUAAGAUCAAUGAUAGAUGACAAACACGAUACGGUAGAUAUUUUAAAAUAUUUACAACAAGUAGCGGUUCUUGUACAAGGAAAUUGGGUUGUUCAAAGUGAGCUUGUUUAUCCAAAAGACAAAACUUCAGCUCACAAUGGAAUUAAUUCUGAGCUUAUGUGCCGAGCGAGAGAUUAUAUUUUAUUAACUUUCACUGAAAAUGAGUAUAUUACUAGAAAGUCAAUAGCUUCAGUAAUGAAAUUACCUCCUGAAGAAAUAGAAGAAAUAUUAAAAAAUUUAGGAAAAGUUGAAUUAAAGAAAGGAUGGAAAUUAAUCUUGCCGCCCAAUACCGAGUUUGCAAAUAGAUUUUCGGAUAUUGCUCAUCGACAAGCUAUGCAUUGGGAAGCAAAACGUAAACAUCUAAAAGAUUUGAUAGAAGCACAAAGUAUCCCACCUCAACGUCAAAGAAGAAAAUCAAAUCGUGAAUCAAUAGGUUCUGAAAAUGAAGAAAGAAAUGUCGGACGUGGAAAAAAAACUAUGAGAGAUUCCUCAAUGUCCGAUGAUGGUCUAACGGAACCCGUAAAAAGUAAAAAAAGUAAUAAAUCUCGAAAAGCGUCGGAAACAACAUGACCAAAACUUUAAAACAACUUAUUUAAUAGUAUGAUUUACAUUUUAUAAAUAGGAUGGUAAAAAAAUAGAAAUCAGUUUUCGUUCCACUGCCAUUCAGCGUUAUAAAUUUAUGAAUUAAUAUUAAUACGCUUACACAAUUGAAUAAUUUAAACGGAUAAUGAAAAUAAAAACUGCUCAUCAGAUUAAUCGCAAUAAUUAUUUAAAAUACAAAAUAACAAUAAUUGUAAAGUAAUUAAUUUAUUUAUACUACAAUUCAGAAGACUGCGAAUAACAUUUAUUUAAAAAAGCGUUUAAAUUUCGACACAUAAAUACUAAAAAAAUAAAAUAAGCAUUAGAUUAUUAAGUGUUUUUUUUUCGAAUCUAGAUUUCAUAUGAUUUGCUGUAAAUAU